CAUCAUCAACCGCAUGUUGAGCCUCCAUCUAUCAAACAAUCCACCCGCCCAUCAACGUCGCAUCAUCUCCUCCGCGGAAACGGCCUCGGAUAACACUAAAGUUCUAACCUAACGUCUCAUAUUUCUUCCACCGAACUCACUUCUUCCAAGCAACAACCACGUCCCACAAAAUGUCUCAAGCAAUGCGUAUCGUCCCCGGCAACUCCAACGCCCAGACCUACACUCACAUUUCGCACACAUCCUCCGCCCCCUCCGCCCCGGGCAUCCACGAUACUCUCCGCCACGGUGUCGGCGCAUCCCCCUUCGACUCAAAGUCCACACCCGCCUCUGCUCAUCCCCUCGAAGCCCGCCUGAAGAACUGGGAGGCUACUCAGGAGGCUCUCAAGAUGGAGACACUUCGACGCACCUACGGCAUGGCUGAGCCUAUUCGACGUGGUAUGGAGCUCAAGAUUGUUCAGAAAGGCGAGUGGCGGCCCAUGGCCCUCGGCAAUGGCCUCCCCAGCGUUCACGAGGAUAUUCUUAGGGGUCGUGAUGCUACGAUUACCUGGGAGGAUGUAUUCACUGGCGAUGAGACAAGGGCCGUUGCUGGAUUCCACGACGAGAUGGAAAAGAAGCUCAAGAUCCAGUAAACAAGCCGGCUGGCUGUCUCAAAGGAAACGACGACAUAGCCAUCUCCUUGUAUACCAUAAUUACAACACUUUAGACAGGCUCAAGA